AAUUUGGUUGACGUACAUCGUGGAGCUGAGACGAGCCAGUUUCAAAUCUGGAACAUUUCUGGACCAGUGCUAUGUGAGAGAACAUUUCAUCUGAUGAUUUAUGCCGUUCAUAUUAAGGAUACGGCGGAGGAGGGGGAUGGGAGUUUGGUUUGUUUUGGUAUCAGUAUCCCUACGCCACCGGGCAGCAUAGGUUCCAUUGAGGCAGGCGCUAUGGAAAGGCUUUCAUUGCCAGUGGUGCAGUGUCACGUUGUGAAAUCUGGAGAUCGAAGCGGGGUUGGGCACAAAGAGGAAGGUGCAACGUUCUGCAAGGUGUAG